UCCAAACAAAUAUUUGCUAGAUGGCAGGCUCUCCUAUCUAGCUUUGAUUUUCAAAUCGAAUUUAUAAAAGGAGAACAUAACUCCCUUCCCGAUUUUCUAACAAGAGAAUUUUUGCAGGGCCAUGAGACCCACAACCCUAGGGGCAAGCCCCAAACAGGAUCAAUCUAAAAUGGCAAGACCAUUUGACACCCC